AUGAUUAACUUGUACAAGACAUUUAGAUCUAACUCAAUAGACUGGAAGAUCAAAAACGUAUCCUACUUAACGGCGAAAAACGGUUUCACAACUAACAAUUUAGCUACUGAUAGCCAUAUUAGUGGUCCGUUUAAUCAAGAUUUAAUUGAAAUUUCAAUAUCGACGUUCAACACAAAGGACUUAUUAAAAACAGAACAUGUGCUAACAAAACGAUUGACAAAUAAAAAUUCAAGAGGAGGCUCCAUAUUGAAAGCUUUGACGAUAAUAUUGUAUUUAAUACAAAAUGGAUCGGAGCAGUUCGUUGCAUGGGUCUUGAACUCAAAGUAUUUAAUUAAAUCUCUUGGGCACCAGGAUUUCGAUUUGAAGUUUAUGAAGCUAAUAUCAGACAGAGUUGCAUCUAUCUUAAAUUAUUGUGAAAAUCCAGUCGAGAUGGAGCAUUUAAGGAAUAAUAUUUACAAGCUAAGGAACGAAAUGUCUACUCCUGGUCUAAAAAGGUCUAAUUCUAUAGAGGCAACGAGGGACAACUUGAAAGUUGAAAGAAAAGUUAAGAGUCUCGAUAUUCAACGCUUUGAAGAGCCCAAAUUUGAUAAGCUCACAGCCUUGGUUGAAGAGUCGACGGAAGAUUUUAUGACGAAUGAUGAUUUGAAAUACACUAAUAACCCAUUUUUUUCAAUGAUAUAG